GUAAAAACCGCUGAGGCAAAGUUACGCGGAGGGAUGGAACAAGGCACUAGGACCUAGGAGGCGUCUCAUCCACCCUGGCAGGAAUUUCUUGCUUGGAGCUCAGACAACAAAGGCAGAGUGAGCCUGGUGUUCUUUCUCUCAGCAUCUCCACCCUGCGCGCUGAAAACCGCUUCAGAUCUUUAGGGUUCACCAAACUAUGGAACUUGAUUUUGGACACUUUGACGAACGAGACAAGGCGUCCAGAAACAUGCGAGGCUCACGUAUGAACGGGCUGCCCAGCCCCACUCACAGUGCUCAUUGUAGCUUCUACAGAACCAGGACCUUACAGGCACUGAGUAACGAGAAGAAAGCCAAGAAGGUGCGUUUCUAUCGCAACGGGGACCGCUACUUCAAGGGGAUUGUAUAUGCCGUGUCCUCCGACCGCUUCCGAAGUUUCGAUGCUCUCCUGGCUGACCUCACCCGGUCCCUGUCCGACAACAUUAACCUGCCUCAGGGAGUCCGUUACAUUUACACCAUCGAUGGCUCACGGAAGAUUGGGAGCAUGGAUGAGCUGGAGGAAGGGGAAAGUUACGUUUGCUCAUCUGACAACUUCUUCAAGAAGGUGGAAUACACCAAGAACGUCAAUCCUAACUGGUCUGUCAACGUGAAGACAUCUGCCAACCAGAAAGCACCUCAGUCUCUGGCCAGCAGCAACAGCGCCCAGGCCAAGGAGAACAAAGAUUUUGUGCGUCCUAAGCUGGUAACCAUCAUCCGCAGCGGGGUGAAGCCCCGGAAGGCAGUGCGUGUGCUCUUGAACAAGAAGACUGCCCAUUCCUUUGAGCAAGUUCUCACUGAUAUCACUGAAGCUAUAAAACUGGAGACAGGAGUGGUCAAAAAGCUGUAUACCUUGGAUGGGAAACAGGUGACCUGUCUGCAUGAUUUCUUUGGGGAUGAUGAUGUGUUCAUCGCCUGUGGUCCAGAAAAAUUCCGCUAUGCACAGGAUGACUUUUCGUUGGAUGAAAGCGAGUGCCGGGUGAUGAAGGGGAGCCCUGCGAAUGCCACGGGCAGUAAGUCAUCUCCCACCCCUCAGAAGAGCUCAGCAAAGAGUCCAGCCCCCAUGCGCCGGAGCAAGUCUCCAGCCGAUUCAGCAAAUGGGACCUCAAGCAGUCAGCUGUCUACACCCAAAUCAAAGCAGUCCCCAAUCUCCACACCAACCAGCCCAGGGAGCCUCCGUAAGCACAAGGACUUGUAUCUGCCUCUGUCUUUGGAUGACUCUGAUUCCCUUGGAGAUUCCAUGUAAAGCGACAAGAAGCUAAAUGUCCAUAUUGCAAGCUAUGUUUAAGAUACAGUAGAGUACUUCUGCCAAAAUAAGCAGAUAGGUGACUGGUGCUUUCAAAUCAAAGGACACACAGUUAUAUGUCAUUUUUGUUCUGUGAUUUAUCCUCUGUGCCACAAAUCAACACCUGCCAGUCUAUAGAGAUAGAGGGAUACCAUUCUUCUAAGAUACAGGGGUGCAAAAUGGACAUUGCAAGAAAUUUGGGGCCAAUAUGCCAAUGAUCCUGUGCAUUUCCCAUUUGCUUCUAUUAUUCCUUCUGCUGCUGCAACUGUGUGAUUUCCCUAGUGGUAGUAAAGUAGCUCCCCCUGGAAGUGUGCAAAUGGAUCACUUGCUGAUGAAUUUGCAAGCUCAAGUAGAGCACAUUAUGUCCUCCACCUCUCCAAACUGCCAACAGUUGCCAGCAAACCUGCUCCUCAUUUGCAGCCCUUAUUUUAGCACCUGCAUACUAACUAGUCUUGUUUUUGUCGUUGGAGAGCAGGAAGGGAUAUGACUUGCCAGUUUGAUGCUUGAGACGCCAGCAGAAGGUUGGAUGAGAUUAGGAAUGAUCAUGCAAGAUGCUAAGGAAGGUCAGUACAAUAGUGAUUGAAAUAUGGGGCUUUUAUGUGUGAUUGAGGAAAAAGGAAGUCAUCUGAGUCACAUGAAGUGGAACACCCUUCAUGGGAUCCAAAGGUACUGCUGGCUGGUAACAAUUUGUUAGACCUACCCUAUGGUAUCUCUCUAUCUCUGUAUCAGUAAUGCCUUGUGAACAGCCAACACUGAAAACACUGUGAACAUUUGUUUUCAGGUUUGACACCCUACAGGUCACUUUUUAUAGCAAAAAAAGAUAUCAAUACACUUUUUAUACAGGAAAACCUUGUAGCUGUGUUUUGGGAGUAUGGAUUCGAGCUCCUUCUUUUGUAUAGAAACUGGUGAUUUUCUUUUGCUUAAAAAACACAUGCAGAAAAAUGGACAAAAAAACCAACCAACAACUGCAGCACAGUAAUGCCAACAACUCAGUGUAGAAAUCUUGCAAUCACUGCCAGAACAGAUACAUGGGGGGAGGGAAGGGGAAGGUCCAUUCAAGAUAUUGAAUGUUUUGAUAGUUUUUGUAAUGUUUAGGGCUAUGUAUUUGGGUUUUUACACUUCAGUAUUCCUGACUAUGGCCAGAUUCGCUACUUCUAUAACGAAUGGGAUUUUGUGGGGUUCAAAACCCGUAUUUUGAGAAACUCUUCUAUCUGACAAAAAGCAAACUUCAAGUAUUUAGAGAAACCUUUUGCUUUUAUUAAUCAGCAAUGACUCCUCCAGAAUGCAAAGUUCAUGUAUUCACACAGGGCUGGUGGGUUUUACUAUGCCGAAGCUUUGUCCUAGGCUAACUGGCAUUGCCUCCUUUCCUCAUGGAAUUAGCUUUUGAUGAAACUUUACCUAAAUGAAAUCUGUGCAAUCAAAUCUUUCUUUGUUGUUCUAUUUGCCUGGGGUUUUUUUAUAUUGCAACAUAUACACGUAUUCCCUAUUGUCUUG